CCCCAGUCCUGGCCGUGACGUCAGGUGCGGUUGCCGCCAUUUUGGAUCGGAGUGCGCGGGGGUCUGACGGACUGAGCUUCCCGGUGGGAUAGGGCCUUCGUGUCGGUUUGGGUUCCCCCUCCUGUCCCUCAGGCCGCACCAUGUCCGAUAAACACGGCGGAGACCCGCAGCUGGAGGAGACCGGCGAGGAGAAGCAGGUAAUGGCGGACCCUCCCUGCCAGAGAUCCGGGGAGUGAGCUGUCACCACAGGGGGGAACCGGGGGAGUGAGCUGUCACCACAGGGGGGAACCGGGGGGGAGCCUGGGGAUACCGGGGGGGCCCUCACUGCCAGCUGGGGCAGGGAUACAGGGGAAGGGGCCCUUACUGCCAGCUGGGACAGGGAUACAGGGGAAGGGGCCCUUACUGCCAGCUGGGGCAGGGAUACAGGGGAAGGGACCCUUACUGCCAGCUGGGGCAGGGAUACAGGGGAAGGGGCCCUUACUGCCAGCUGGGGCAGGGAUACAGGGGAAGGGGCCCUCACUGCCAGCUGGGACAGGGAUACAGGGGAAGGGGCCCUUACUGCCAGCUGGGGCAGGGAUACAGGGGAAGGGGCCCUUACUGCCAGCUGGGGCAGGGAUACAGGGGAAGGGGCCCUUACUGCCAGCUGGGGCAGGGAUACAGGGGAAGGGGCCCUUACUGCCAGCUGGGGCAGGGAUACAGGGGAAGGGGCCCUCACUGCCAGCUGGGGCAGGGAUACAGGGGAAGGGGCCCUCACUGCCAGCUGGGGCAGGGAUACAGGGGAAGGGGCCCUUACUGCCAGCUGGGGCAGGGAUACAGGGGAAGGGGCCCUUACUGCCAGCUGGGGCAGGGAUACAGGGGAAGGGGCCCUUACUGCCAGCUGCGGCAGGGAUACAGGGGAAGGGGCCCUUACUGCCAGCUGGGGCAGGGAUACAGGGGAGCGGGUCCUUACUGCCAGCUGGGGCAGGGAUACAGGGGAAGGGGCCCUCAGUGCCAGCUGGGGCAGAGAUACAGGGGAAGGGGGCCUUACUGCCAGCUGAGCUCAGUGCUGGGACCCACAGGGUGUGAGCUGUCACCACAGGAGGGAACCUGGGAUACUAAAGGGUUCCCUGGAAUGGUUGAUAGGGGGUUUUCCUUUAAUUGCUUAUAUGGUGGGGAUUCCUGGUAUGGUUGAUAUUUUUCGUGGGGGUUCCUUGAGGUGACUGAUAUGAGAGUGUGGGAAGUUCACUGGGAUGGUCGAUCUAGGGGUCGGGGAGGGGGAUUGUAACGUUUAUUACAGUCAUUCUGGGGGAACCCACCCAAAAUCAGCUUGAAAAAGCAGAUUUUGGGUGGGUUUCCCCAGAAUGACUGUGGGAAAAUUGCUCUCGAAUGACUGUUAUGGGGGGUGAAGGGGGAGCGGAUGUUGAUUCUGAUUCCCCCCGACAUUGCUGAUUUGUGGAGGUUCCCUCCGACAUUGCUGAUAGUGGUUAUGGUGCCAGGAGUGCUCUGGUGGUGUCACAUACUAAGUAGUCUGUUUGCAAGUGGCUCGACAACUUCCCUGGGGUCCAGUCAUCUCCUGGUAUGAUACAUACUCGCUGGUGCUAGACCUUCUGGUGUGAUGGAAGUGCUCGCUGGUGCUUGACCUUGUGGUGCGAUGGACGUGCUCGCUGGUGCUUGACCUUGUGGUGCGAUGGACGUGCUCGCUGGUGCUUGACCUUGUGGUGCGAUGGACGUGCUCGCUGGUGCUUGACCUUGUGGUGCGAUGGACGUGCUCGCUGGUGCUUGACCUUGUGGUGCGAUGGACGUGCUCGCUGGUGCUUGACCUUGUGGUGCGAUGGACGUGCUCGCCCUUGUGGUGCGAUGGACGUGCUCGCUGGUGCUUGACCUUGUGGGAUACAAGUUUGUGUUGCUUUAAGGAUAAUCUCUUGUUAUCCUUUAUUAGUGUUAGCCACUGCACGCUGGACACAGUCGGCUAAUGUAUCUCAGCUACUUUUUUAGAACAUCAGUGAAGAGGAUCAAAGGCCUAUUAUUAUCUGCAAGAUAGAUCUGUGCUCUAUAUAUUUGUGUAUUUAAAAAGAUUUGUGGUGGGGAAAAAAGUGUGGAUGAAAACCCCUUCCAGCUGAAGUAAGUGGCUAGUUAAUACAUUGCUAAACACAAAUACACUCACCAGUCAAGCCAUAGGCCAGUAACCAACCUCAUGCUGAUGAGUUGCAUUAACAACGAAACAGCUGUCCAAGAGUGAUUCACUGGCUUUGCUCCUCUUCCUAAGUUGUGUUUCAAAGCUGUUGUAUACAGCAGACACAUACUCCAAGGAAUCCAUGUAUAAAGUGGCAUUAUGAGGCAAAAAUGUGGGUCUUUGUUGAGCUAAUUUGCAUACGCUUACCCAGAAUCCCUUGCAGUAGUGAGAGCACUGUUAAAGUGAGAUUUCUGUGGGAAAAGCAAAUCUUGUGGCUGGACUGGUGUGUGUGUAUUUGUGCUUAGCAAUGUAUUAACUAUGUGUUUAAAAACAAAGAUGUGUAAUGUCCUUAUUAAAGGAACACAGUCAUCUUUAUUUAUGCCUUCAACUAAUAUUAAUUUUAUCUUAAUGCAUCUUAGGUUAGAGUGUAAGCUAUGAUCACCCAGUGUUUGCUCUUUUCCAACUGUGCAUUGCUGUUUAAAAUUCUGCAGAAAAAGCAAAUGAUUUUGAAAAGCAGUAGUUUAGUGUCAAACCUCUGCUACAAGCAUUUUGAAGAAACCCAAUGUAUUAACAUUUCUUCAACACACACAGAGAAAGAUGGGUUUUGAGUAGGAGGCGAACAUAACAAGCGAAACUCCCACCCUGCAUUCCCAAUCGUAUAAGUAUUUAUUGUUCUCAAAGCGUAUGGCACUUUGCAUUGUGCAUAUACAGUCUCCGUGACAUGAAAUCCCCUUGGCCUGAUAUGACUUUAUUUUUUGUCCAAUCUCAGUGUCUGUCCUGGGGCUGCACUAUCAGGCAGUGAUAUUCAAUGCUAUUUACUAAACCACUUGAAUUGUUCCAAUUAAUCUGUUUUAGUAUACAAUUCUCAAUUCCCUGAUGAGUUCAAACUAUUUACCAUGACUCUUUGAAUAAUCUUAGUCAAAUGUUAUAUGUACACUCCAGACCCAAAAUCAACUUUAGCUGAAAAGCUUUGUGGGAAGGGAAGAGUGGUUGUUUCUUUUUUGGGUUGUGGUUUUUUUUUUUUUUUCUUUUUUUUUUUUUUUAAAGAGAAGAUUUUAAUAGAAACUGAAAUUUUUUUAAUUUAUUUUUUAUAAAUAACAUUGUUACACUUGGCUGCAUAUCAGACAGGUCCUGUUAGUGGAUGAGUCCAGGCCCAGGGCAAAGGGAGUGGCUGGAAUGCAAUCUAUAAUCCAAAUAUAGCUAUUAUUUUCAGUUCCCUUUAGAGGUACUCCUCACUUACCGACCGGGUCCUGUUCUUACGAGCCGGUUAUAAAACAAAUUGGUCGGUAAGUGAGGUCUAUGUUUUCGGAAUUUUCUCCGAACGUAGAUUAGAGGGAUUCCCUGCUCUGGUGCACUUGUCUAUGUUCAGGGAAACUGGAACGUAGACAUAUGCACCAGAGCAGGGAAAAUUCCCCAAACAUAGACCAGCUCUUUAACGUGGGGAAUCUCUUGAAUCCCCAUGCUAGAGAGUUGGUCAUAAAACAGGUAGGUCGUAAAGUGAGGACCACCUGUAAUAAUAACCUUUUGAACACUUUAAUGGGGUGCUCCGUCCAGUACAGGAGGCCAUGCUGAUUAUGGUCAUAGUCAUUUUUAUUUAAAGCGUCACUAUAGGCACUAAAACUUUUAGCUUUAUGAAGUAGAUUUGAUGUAUAGAGAAUUGCCCCUACAGUCUCUUUGCUCAAUUCUCUAUUUAGGAGUUAAAUCACUUUGGUUACUGUUUAUGCAGGCCUAACCACACCUCCCCUGAAUGACUGACACAGCCUGCAUGAAAACUAAAUGGUUGCCCUUUCAAAAGAUGUUAACUUAAUGUAGAGAUUUUUAUUUAUUGCUCUGUAAUUUGGAGAAAGUGUAAACACUAGAUCUAUCUUUACAGCAAGUGUUUAGGAAGGCUGCGUACCUCGCAUGCAGGGAGUUGUGACUGGCGCUGUAUAAACAAAGUGAUUUACCUCCUAAAUGGCAGAGAAUUAAGCAGUGAGAUUGCAGGGACAUGAUCAAUAGAACAAAACUGAUUCCUUUAAUUUCUACACUGGGUGAAUUUUUUUUUUUUUUUUUACCACAUAAGGCAAGCAUCCAUAAGUCCAACUUGAUAUAUAUAGGUGACGGUGCACAAAAGUAUUAUUUUUUUUAUUAUUUAUUUAUUUAUUUCCUAUCUACGUCAAAUUGUGGGGACUUUUGUCGUGCUUGAUCCCUCCAUAAAUCAUUUGGUACGUAGCUAAAUUUUGAAUUGUUCUUCCCUGAUUAAAUCUCUUUGUCACGUGAUUGCAUUUUGUUCCCAAUAAUAUACUUUGUCCUUUUUUUUUUUUUUUUUUUUUAAAUAUCACUUUUUAAAGAAUUAUUGAUCCAUGCUUUUUUGGCUGUAUUGGCAUGAAAUAUCAAUGGGCUUAUAAUGCUGGGUCAAUUGCAAAUUGAAUUUGUGUGAAUACAUAUAAAGAUUUGAUAUGAAAUAUAAAACUUUGCAGGUCUCUAUAGCAUUAAUACGCAAGACCCUGUAUUUACCCUUUCUCUUCCUUGGUAUAAAUUUAUUACAUUCUUAUUUCCUCUGUUUCAGGAUUCACAGGAGAAGGAAGCAGUUACCCCAGAAAAAGCAGAGGAGCAGAAACUAAAGGCCAAGUACCCCAAUCUGGGGCAGAAACCUGGAGGUUCAGACUUCCUGAUGAAAAGGCUUCAGAAAGGGGUAUGUAAAUGUAGCGGUUUGCCACUGGGCCAUUUUCAUAGCCUUUUAGGCAGUAUGAUGAGCUGAUAAUGCUUAGCUGAACAUUAACUACUUUUGUGGCCUGUCUGACUGUUAAAACACAAAGGUUAUUAAGCUUAAUGUCUCGCCAGGUCAUUUAGUGUCAGUUACCACUCAAAAUAUUCCCAGUGGGAGUUACUCACCUGCUAAGGUCAGAGGCAGCCUGAUUGCUUUUGGCUAAUAUUCUGGUCAAAUUAAGUGUCUUAACCAACAUGGUUUGUAGGCAUAUUCACAGAAUUGUAGAGAGUUUAAACCCAAGCUGCAGAUCUAGGAUAAAAUAGUCAAACUAUUAUAUUGCUUCACUCAAAUGGCAGACUUUCUGUAAAUGUGUUACCCCAAACAGUCAUACUCAAUAUACAAAGAGAUCAGUAUAAAUAAAGGGGCACUGUAAACACCAUCACCACUGCACUUGUGUGUGUGUGUGUAUAUAGGUUAUAGUGCUAAACACCCAUCGUGGGUACAGGCUGAGGGGAAUAUUGGGGUGGUUCCUGCUGACAACAAGCAUCCAAUGUGCACAGAAUAGACAUUAGCUAGUGUUUUUAUUCGUUUUGUCAGGGCUGUGACAAAAUAAACAGAUUGUGCUGAUUGAAGGCAAAUAUGUAAAUUGUAGGCCGACUGAUGUCACCUUCUCCAACCUUGAUAUUUACUUGGUUAUUUACCAAAGUGGGAAUUUAAAAUUUAAGGCAAAAAUAGCCAAAAUGGAACAUUCUCCAAGUCACCUAAUGCGUACAUUAUAGCUAAUUUCACCUUCAAUUUGGGAUUUACUUAAGCAAUUCCUACUUCAGUCUGUUACCCUGUGCGUUUGCCAGUGUGCUGCCCAAUGAGUAAACCCUUCCGUUGGUGUUUAAUGUUUCUCUGCGUGCCUCUAGUCCUGAGAGCCAGCAUUCUGUAAAUAUUGUCCACAAUGUUCCCUAGCUCGCACAGUCAAAACAAAGUAAAUAUUCUUCAGUUUCCAAUCCUCCCAAGUUCAGUUCUUUCUUUCUUAACUGGUUCAUAACAGGAUUUGUAAUUGUAUUUUUUAUUCUUUUUGUGACCGUAUGUGCCAGAAUGGGGCACCCCUUAGCAGAUAGGGAUUAGUAACUCUUCAGAGAGAGGAAGCGAUCUGUUGCUGUUUUUCAUUUUUUAGAGAAACACACUGCUAUACACACACUCUGCAUUCAUUAUAUACACUACACAAAUACACACAGCUCCCCUGUCUAAACACACUACAUGUGGCAUGUGUAUUUUGUGCAUUUACCUUUUAGAAAUAGUUUAUAUUUUCAAAAUGGUAAAUGCACAGAAUAUCAGUAAGUUUUUGCCUAUCUGCCUGAAAGUUCACAGAUCAUCGGUAUCUGCUCUAACAAAAAACAAAUCGGUCAAUACCUACUAAGUAUAUUGUUAUUUUGGUUGUUUGGCAAGUCAUUAUUUCUCACUGUCCAUGUAUAUCAAUGUUUAAUCUGACAUUCUAGGCUCAUGCAUUGCAAAAUUAGCUGCUGCCCUGGGAAGUUAAAUGUAGUGCAAGUGAAUGACAGCCAUGCUAACAUUACACAAAAUUGUAAUGUAACACACGUGCUCCCCAGUGGGUAAGCAAAUAUAAAGUGGAUUCAUCCUUUUGAGAGUGUAAGAAGAUCCCUCUAAUCUUCUUAAUGAAAUACAAUCUACAAAAAUAAGAACAGGCAGAAACCAGAAAUGGUGUAGUAUGUUAAAACCACAAAUGCGCUUGUAUAAUGCAGAUAUUUAGAGGGUUCAGAUAUUCUUCCUUUCCAACCUUAAUUAAGAGGGAGAGACACAGGAAACAUAGAGCACAAAAUAAAAUGAAUGACAUAAAUUUUAUUCAGAUAUCACUCACAAGAUAAAUGAUAAAAAUCCAGCGUAUCAGAAACUCAGGUAUUCCCAGUGCCGAUGUCACUUCUCCUGGGGGCAAGUAUUUGAAGAAGCUGGAUAAAAAAAGUAAAAUAAAAUAAGACUAAAUUGUACAAAUGCACAGUAAAUAAAUACAAAAAUAAAGAUCCAAUGAAACGAGUGUAGGUGCUGCCUUGGUCUCCACCCUACGCGUUUCGUUCUGAACAGGACUUCCUCAGGGAAAAAUCAAGGUGUGUAGUAUGGUCUCCUCUGUCUGCUUUUUAAAUGUGAGGGUAGAAUCUCCCGCCAUUAGAACAAUCACGAUGUGUCCUUGUUUAUACAAAUCACCUGUGUUUAAUCUUCCGGGAUCCAAUCUUCUUUCUGGGUUUGCGUUUCAAAAUAGCUACAUCCGGUAUCACGUGGAACACAACUUGCGUUCCACGAUCAUAUACCUGGAAGUCCAAAAGUAUGUGUAUAAGCCAUGCUAACCUACCCACUUAAUGCUCUUUGUACUCUCUCCCACCCAGGGACCAAACUAGCUGCAGCUCAGCCAUGUUAAAUUAAACUUUGUGUCUCUCCAUUUGCUGGUUUACCACACAACGUGUGUUAUUUUUUAUAAUACGUGUGUGUGUGUGUGUAUGUAUGUUAUUGUACAGCGCUGCGGAAUUUGUUGAUGCUUUAUAAAUAACUUCUAUAAAUAUUCUGUGAAUCAGUAGGAACUGCUAGCAGUUGUCUCAUUCGUUGGAAGAAAAAAAUAAACAUUACAAGCGAAGUUAAAGGACGUCACCAUUGGCUGCCAUUUUAUUCUCUCCCUACUAAAUGAGAAGACUGCGUGCAGCUGUGUUUGGUUGUAUUCCUGCUGAAACAUGCAGCUACCUGGAUUGAAUCUGCACAUUGUGUUGGCAAACUUACAAGCAAGCUUUUUAAUAAUGUAAUCUAUAAGUUUUUUGACAAUUUAGCCAAUGCUGCAUAGCUGAAAUUGUAUUUCCUGUAAUGUGAUGCCAAAUCAUGUCUGAUGUGGUAGUGUUCUAACUAGAAUAAAAACAGGUGUACAAACAUGGGUUCUAACCAGUGUAGAAAUGGGUGUAGAAAACAUGGGUUCUGAUCGGUGAAUACUAGGAAAUUCUGAUUAAACAAAUUAUUGUAGCAUUCCCCUUAUCCAUGCCCUGUGCGACUCAUAGCUAGAAUGAAUCUGGACAGACAAAACUGAAGACAUUUCUUUCCAUACAUUUUCUGGUAAAAUGUAGCAUGUAGCUUUAGUUAUACUUGUGCUGUAUGCGGCAUAAUAGUGGGAACAUAGGCCUUAGCUAUGUUGCAGUUGAGUGAUAAUGACAAUGUAGCAGUGUGUCCCUGUUCUCUAUACUGUAGCUCAGGACUUGCAAUCUCAAGUCCCACACCACUAGCUAAUCUCUAUGUACUUGCCGCUGCAAGCUUGGAGAGUCCAUGUCACUCGGUGUUUACUUUCCUCUCGCCAGGGCUAAUUUUUCAAUCACCAGUGGGGAGUGGUAAGUGCACAUUUUCAGUCCUGCUAUUGUUGUUAAGACAUAACUGGCAACAUAGAAAGGAGGGUGGUUCAUCCUUCUACAAAUCACUGCUACUAGGCUUCUAUAAAGAGUAAGGAUAUAUAGUCUCUCUUCAUUUCUAGUCAGGAAUUCUGAAAAACAAGGACACUUCUUACUCAGGUCUCUAUCAUCCAUACCUUUCCAUCUGCCUGUUGUAGCCAUGUUACUUAUGUCUGUAUCAUGAGAAGGAUUUGCUGAAUUUCUGAUGUGACUUCUCCCCUUUUUUUUUUUUUUUUUUCUGUUUCAGCAAAAAUACUUUGACUCUGGAGACUACAACAUGGCCAAAGCCAAAAUGAAGAACAAGCAGCUACCUUGUGCUGGGCCUGAUAAAAAUCUGGUAACGGGAGACCACAUCCCAACGCCACAGGACCUCCCGCAGAGGAAAUCUUCCUUGGUCACCAGCAAGCUGGCAGGGUAGCCCACCCUUCCCUCUGCUGCUCCAGAAUGGACAUGUCCGCAGUUAACUGUACCAUAGAGCUGGGAUGGCUGGACUUUCAUAUAAUGGCAUCUAUCUGUCCGUGCUAGAAGGGCCAGUGCAAUGUUGUUCGACAAUUUUGCACUGGCCCUUUUAUCCACGACAGUUAAACUUCAAGCAAGCCAGCAAGAUGCCGCAUGAAUUAAGAUUUGCAGUGGGUGGCAGGCGAUUGUGAUAAGCUGUCGGCGCAAGAGCAUUUUCUCUGAUUUUGAUGACAAGUGUUAAAUAGUGUAAGAUAUAAAUUUGGGGGGUUGCGUUCCCGUGUGUGUGUGUGUUGUGCAGGCUUGACUUGGCAACACUCUUGAAAGUUAACAUAAUGAAAUGCUCCUUCGAGGGGCCAAAUAUAAUGGACAUCUUCCCCGGUAAAAGCAAGAAGAUCACAUCUUCUGAAUUGUCCAGAUGCCUCUCCAUUGUAGUAAGAUGUGGUUGUAUAGUGGCUGUACAUCUGCAAAGAGUAGGAGUGUAUGUUAGCCACAAGCCACACAGGGAUUACAGGAAUAAGUUUUGAGAAGGCUUAGAAUUCACUGCUUAUUCUGUGUAGAUCAUAAGUUGACUUUCCUUCUUAUUACCGAUAGUAAAGCAAUGUAGAUGUUGGGUGUAGGAUGUACUAGGAUUGGCACUCUGCAGUCUACUUCUGUUUUAGGUCCUCAUGCCGUAAGCUGCCAGUUUUCUUUGAAUGUUUUUCAUUUCAGCAUCUCUACAAACUUUCUAGUUUAAUUUUACAUUCUGGUGACUUAUGAGUGAUCCUUGUAUUGGUGUGAAAAGGUUGUUGUAUUCAGCGCUUAGUGACCAGUAGGUAUAGGGAAGGUAAAAUGAUAAAAGGCUGCAACCUUAAGAGUAUGAUGUUCCCUCACAAACCAUCAAAGGAGUACAAAUGUAAAAACAGAAGGUAAUAGGUCGCGCCACAAAUAAUAUAGUAUAAUAAAAAACAAUGAGUACUUACAUAAAAUGUAUAAAGGAGAGACCUGAGUAAAAUAGUAUGGAAAAAGUCCAAGUUGAUUGAAUAUAAUGAAUCUUAUGGGUUCUGAGAUAAUCCAAUGUCCAGAUGACGUAGAGGAUUGAAUAUAAUCUUUCUAAAUUCAAAAAUAGACUCUGCCUCUGGUUUGCAGUCUUACACUAUUGGAUCUUUCUCUCCUUUACAUGCCUGUACGUCAUCUGGACAUUGGAUUAUCUCAGAACCCAUAAGAUUUAUUAUAUUCAUUCAAUCAACUUGAACUUUUUCUCUUUUAUCCAUAUUAUUUUACGCAGGACUCUGUUCUCCUUUAUACAUUUUAUGUAAGUACUCAUUGUUUUUUAUUGUUUGUUAUUAUGAUAUAUUAUUUGUGGCGCGACCUAUUACCUUCUGUUUUUACAUUUGUGAUCCUUGUAUUGGUUUCAUGUUAUAAGGGCGCUGUUUGGCCUAUCGGAUCAUGAGAAAUGUAGAACACUUCGGGUACGGGUAAUCAAUCUGGCUGGAAUGCUAUAUUCGGGGUUUGUUUGGGGAUGCAAAAGGCUGCACCCCCCUAAACUGUUGCUGUAUUGUGGCUAUGGUGACAGGGCUUUCGGUUCAACAAUGGCUGCCCCCAAAUUCUCAUUUAUUCAUUGAAACAGUGGAACUAAAUGUUUCGUGAAGUAUUUUUCUGGAAACUUUCCAAACCUUUAGAAAAUGUAAAUGUCUCUGAGAAAACGCGAACAGUGUUGGACUGUUUCUUUCCUUUUUAAAAUUUGUAUUCCCUUUUAUGUUUUCCAUAUCGACUUUUGCAUUAUUAUAGAGAAUACAUCUCUAAUACUAUUAUUUGAUUCGUGGUGGAAAUCUGUAGAAUAUCUAACUUUCCAUUGCUUGUUGAGUUAGGGCAACACAUUAGGUUCUUUUUUCAGGGUGUCUGUUGAAACAUGCAGGCCUAUUAUGUCAGAUUGUCACCUCAGGCAUACUUUGUCAUUAUACAGCAUUGGCAUUAUACAGAUGUGAUCAGUUGUGUUUACCCUUCCAGAAGCCCUGGAUGAUGAACACAUUACACAAGCUUAAACCCACAGCAUGCAUAACUUGUAAAUACAUGCCUGCCUUUUCGAUUAUGCCAGGGAAAGCAUAUUGUCCUUUCCCAGGCUGAUCUACAUCCCCCAUUUGUCCUUUUUAAAGUGAAACUGUCACUUGUAAGAUAAACGCACAAAUUGAUAGCUAGUUAAGUUACCUAUGGCUUGUGCUUUGUCUUAUUUUUGGUACACAUGCUCUGUCUGGCUGUACAGAAAUGCCAUGUAAAUUUAUAUUAAUCCCCUUGAGUGAUGUGUACAUGAGACAUGCCCCAAAUGUAUUGUUGGGUUAGCAGUGACUUUUAUUUUAGUUGUGUAAUUUUUCCAUAAAUGCCUCCACUAAAAGAUGGAUGAAUUCAUUCUUCGCAUUUCCUCCCGAGUAGAGAAAGUAAGAAUUAUAAGGUUUAGAAGAGUUUAUUCCUUGAAUUUCAAGUUACCACCUUGUCUUCUAAAGGCCUAGCUGCCUGCCCUGACAUUUCAAUCCUGGUUUAUUGUGAGCUUACCUCUUAACAUGAGCAGAAAGAGAACUGCUAAUCUUGAUGGUUAGAAUGCACAAAGCUCUUCUGGCCUCUGAAUAGGGCAGACAACAUAAACUGUGGAUUUUCGGCCACUAAGAUAUUUCCAAGUGAUUCUAAAGCACAGCCACCAGUGAACAGGCCAAGGCAAUCGGGACUUUCAGGGUGAUUUACUGAAGUGAAUUUGGAAUUUAAAGCCAGAGUAGCGGAGCUGAAAACCAAUUUAAAUUUGAAACUCAUUUGGCAUUCUCACUUGAGUAAGUAGCCCUGUUUGUUUCAUAGUAGCAUAGAGUUUUGUGAUAAAUUGUCACAAUGCUUGCUGCUGUCUCUCUCUCUUUCCAUUUUAAAAUAAAUAAAUUGUAACCGCUAAGAUUAUGUUUAAUUGUACACUUACUAAAGAAAGGGUAGUGUAAGAGGAUAGUAGUUUGGUCAGUGAAAUGUGUAUCAAGUGUUUACACAGCCGUUUUACAUUUUAUGGAACUUUUUGUGUGGUUUUGUUUUUUUUUGAUUGCCAGAGUUACAGGUUGGUUGGUCUGAAUCAACCAGUGAAUAAUGUUUAAGUGCCAGAAGCACGACUAGUUUAUUACAAUACUUUCUGUAGACUCUGCUAAAGCAAAUAUCACUGAUUCCUGGCGUAAUGUGAUACAGUUAAAUAUCUCUGCUGAUCGCUUGCUGGAAGUAAACAGAGGCUAGGGUGAAAUAUUUGUAUGGGAUUUUACCAGACUAUUAAAGGGACACUAUAGUCACCCGAACAACUACAGCUUAAUGUAGUUGUUCUGGUGAGUAUAAUCAUUGCCUUCAGGCAUUUUCAUGUAAACCCUGCCUUUUCAGAGAAAAGGCAGUGUUUACAUUGCCCAUAGGGACACCUCCAAGUGGCCAAUCCUCAGAUGGCCAAUGGAGGUGCUUCCUGGCUCAGUGCUGCACAGUAGGCAGCAGUGCAGUUCAGCGUCUCCACGCUCUGCAUGGGAAUACUGAAUUUUCCUCAUAGUGAUGCAUUGAUUCAAUGCAUCUCUAUGAGGUGCUGAUUUGGCCAAGCAUUGGAUUGGCAAAAAAUCUGCAAUUUUGAUGUCACCAAGGGGGCAGGGCCAGCGCCGGCAGACCCGCGGAGAGCUGAAAAUAAGGUGAGUUUUAACCCAUUCUGAGGGGGAGCAAGCAACCUAAAUGGUGGAUUUUCACUAUAGGGUCGGGAAUAUGUGUUUCUGUUCCUGACCCUAUAGUGUUCCUUUCAUCUUGUUGUAUUAACAGUGCCUGAAAUUUCCAGUCGGGUGCUUGUCAUUGGCAAGUGAUAUUUUACUCUUGGGAUGUGUCAUGGCCUCCCCUUGCUGCCUGUGACGAUCCCAGGCUUUUAGAGUGCAACAUUAUCAAUGUGACACUAAUGUAACGUGAGAUCAGUACACCGGCAGUUUAUAGCGCUGAAGAGGUUGUAGUAAUCUUCCAAUCAGCCCCACACAUGGAGUUCUUCAAAUACUGAAACAAACAGCCUGCAUACUCUCCUGACCGCUGUAUGGAGGAAAAAUGUUAUAAUAAAGUUCCUCUCAUCUCCCCAUACAUGUUGAUUUGCAAGAGCACUUAACAUGUUAAUUACAGGGCAGUGAUGUAUAGACCUCCUGGUCACUUCCGAGUUACUUUUAAAUCAUGAUUCUAAUUUUAUCUAUUGCUGUGCUAGACAAAUUGCUUGUUUAACUUAAGUUAUUCGCAGUCUUUUUGUUCUGACUUCCUAUUUGUAAAAGUUGUAAAAGCAACAAAUAUGGAGACCCCAGGCAGCUAAGCAAAGUAUCCUGCAGUUCCUAGCAUGCACCCACAUGUUGUGCAAAUCACUUGUACUUCUGGUUGGUCCGUUACCAGGGAUGGCACAGUUGAAGUAACCUUUCAGCCUGACUUUUUGCCCAGAUCUUGACGUUUUGAGCCCUGGUAUUUUUACAGAUUAUUGUAUGUUUUGAUGCAAGGACAUUAUGGGUGCAGUCUCUCCAGUUUUCAUGCCUCUGUUGCAGGUAUCAUAAUAAAGCAGUUCACUGCCCUCCUGGUGAGUUCUAAAUAUUUGCACGAGUACGCUUGUGUGCCAUAGUAAAAUGGUAUAUAACACGAUUCAGCCAUGCCAAAACACUGCAGUGCUGCUGCCGCCAAAUUGGCUCCUUAUGUCAGUUUAACAGCAUUGAAAGGGUCAGCAGUGACUUCAGUUGUGCCUGCAGGGCUGUAUCCUGCUAUAAGUCAGGGCCUGCACCCACAGUGUCCUUCCACUAUAACCACUGCAAUAAGCUGUAGUGGUUUUGGUGCUUAGAGUACCUUUAAGAUUUUGUGUGUUUUGUACUUUCUGGGCACUAAACAAAUGUGUCCGUGCUACCUGCAGGUGGCUGCCCAGCAUAUACACAUCAACUGAAAUUAGUCCGUUGAUAAUUUGUUUAUUAGAAGGGAUUUCAUUCAUUUUGGUCCGGCUCCUGAUUUCUAAAAAGCCCCACCCACCAGUACCUCGUAAUUUAGCCAUUUCUAAUUGGAGUGUUUGGGCAUUUUAAGAUCCCACCUCCUGUCUGAUUAAAUGAACCUCUUUGUGACCAGGGUUUGGAAAGGCACUCUUUCAAUGGCAUUCAUGGCGUGGACUUAUGAUGGCAAGACGUCAUCUGUGUUUCACGUAUGAUGAGCUCUACUAGGCAAUUUUCAAAUCACACGUAUUUUCAAACAUUUCGGACUCUGUCUCUUCAGGAAUCUAUAAGGAUGGAGGUAAUGUAGAAAAUACACUACACCUGUGCUAUGUAUUAUACUUUGUUCUGUCCAGCUCUUGCCGAAUAAACACUGUUUACUACAGGAAAUCUAGCCAGCACUUCCUGUCUGUAUGGGGUUAAAGGAUUUGGACUAAGAACCAUUGUACAUGUUGUAAAUUAAAACUCUAUGAAUACAAUUCAUAUCUUCAUUGAAGUCAAUUAAUGUUUUUAUUUGUGUACAGUCUGUUAUUAAAUGUCGCUCUGUCCCAGUCUCAAUGUAAAUAGCUCUGGAAAUAUAUAAAUAUAAUUUUUAUAACCUUCAUCUUUUUCUUACCGUCUACUUUUUAUUUUUUCUUUCAUUGGUUUUGUGUUAAAUUUUACAUAUUGCAUGCUCA